CGCUCUGCCGGGCGCCGCCGGAUGCCGUCACCGCCGCCCGCCCCUCCCGUCCCGUGCUGCAUCGCCGGGUCCUGCACGGACCCCCGGCAACCCCUCCGCGCCGCCCGCCAGGGGCACCGCCAGUAUCGGGGCCGUUCCCCGUCGCCAGUACUGGGCACGGCCCGGUGCUCUGCACGGCCUCUCCUGCAGCCGAGCAUGGGGCUGUCCUUGCCACCCCGGGGUACCCUGUGCCAGCCCAGGCAGAAAAGGCGGAUCUGCGCUGUGAGAGCCGUGAAACCCCCAUGGGCCCGCGGCAGUGACCGGGGCUGUAAGGGUGCCUGCAGUGAAGAGCACGCAGAAGAUGCCCAGUCUCCCACCUGCUGCAGCAAGUGGUGCGCUAUGCUGUGACACGGGGCUGGCAGGAUGUGAGCCUCGCCAGAUUAGCCUGUUCCAGCCGUGGCAGACCCCAAAGCAGAGAGUUCCCCAACCAGGCUGCGGGAAUCGCACUUCCCAUUAAGUCCGUAUUGUGGGGCUGCAACGCCAGGUCGGUGUGCAGCAGCCUGACGGAGAAACUGUCUGGUAAGGAAUAACACAGGAAAAUCUAUUAGCCCUGUUUCAAGAGAGAGACUUCCACCAAGGAGAAAAGGUGAGAAGUGAAACACAGCUUCAGUCAUUUGUAAAGAACAGCCCGCUGUGGGCAUGGGACCAUGUCAUUAGCAACACAAAUUCAGCAGAACCCAAAGUGACCUGAACCCAAACUGACCUGAAUCCUCCACACCUGCGAUGAGUCUGGCAGCCCGGGGCAGGAGCAGGUCCUAGUGCUUUUUACAGAGAAAAGGAAGUCACUCAGAUACCAUGAUCGAGAUUGUGAAGCAUUAGCAAUCACACAGGAAACAGUCACCUUGGUAACCGAGAUGCUGAGAACAGCCCAGAAAAUCUAGCACAGGGCAGGCUGCUGUGCUAAACUGGGUUAGUUCUGCAGGGCAGCACGCUGGCCGCAGGCUGGGCCGACCAUGGCAGCCAGCCCCAAGUGCUGCACCACAGACCACCAGCCACAGGAGCUGUGUGCCCCAGGCCCACCUUCAGGGCCACAGUCCUGCCAGCAGGAGAAAGCACCCACCAGACAGGCAGCACUCACCCCAGUGUCACUGCAGCAUGCUCAGGAGUCACCUCUGUAGCUGCCAAGCCCAGGCCUGCCCUUGGGGGCACAGGGAGCCAGCUGUGCCCCUUGGGGUUAUAUGGAGGAUGCAUGGACAGGGGCAGGUCCAGAGCUGGAGUCUGGACCAGUGGUGGGAGGGAGGAUGGGACGCGGGCUGCCUGCCCCACCCAUGAACCUUAUCUCUGGAUGCCUCCUUUGGGCGCUGGCAGCCGUGUCUGGGCAGGUGAGGAGCUGCUGCACAGCCCUGCGACAUGCGGUGCUGAGAGGAGCUGACAAAGGGCCCUUGUCACCACGGGCUUAUCGCGGUGCUGCGGGGCAGGCAGGCAGGAAGCACCGCGCUCUUACGCAAACCACUGGCCUGGGACCCGCGCUGACCCCACAGCCCUGCCAAAGAAAAUGCCUGGGUCGGGAAGCACCUGGCUGCAGGUGGCACAACGCCAUGGAUGGGGAGGAGACCCUCUGUCCCAGCAGCCCCGGGGCCCAGCUGCAGACGGAGCAGAGAGGGGCCACUAGCAUGGAUCUGAGCGGCCACUGUGCCCCACUCGCCUCACAGGGUUACUGGGCACCCCUCCCUACCCCCCGCCACGGUGCAGGGAGGGGGUGAAACAAACUGCCACACAUCUGCCAGGAUCACAAACCCUCCUCUCAGACUUGGGGCCCAUGGCUCAGAGGCACCAGUGCAGCCCAGGAGACAGCAGGAGCAGCUGCUCCAUGCGGCAGUGCCCAGCAAACUGGCAGCACUACUGCCAGGCAGUCAUACUGUCCCAUCCUGCGAGGUCUGCCCUGCCAGGAUCCCCUGGGGUUCUCACUACGGCCCGCUCUGCCUCCUGUGCCAGCAGAGGUGAGCCCACAGUCCCUCUGCUGUGCUGUCCAGCCUUCUCCCUGCACACAUCCUCACACUCUCCCAAAGCUAAGGCUGCAGUCCCUUUCCCUGGAGUCUCUCCAGUCCAUCCAGUCUCCACAAUGGAUACUACCAGCAGGCCCUUUGGUGCCCAGGGAGCUGGGACUGCCGUGGCCCAGGCAGGAUCUGUGCUCCACAGGGUCCAGCUGGCUCCAGCAGCUCUAUUAAUCUCUGACUCCCAGACACAACAUCUCACUGUAGCCACAUGCAGGGACUCAGGCCCAGCCCAAACACCCUGACCUUGUCCUGCAGCACAGCUGCAGACACAAACAGCAGCUGCUCAAGGUGGGUAACUAUCUGCCUUAGGCUUUGUCAGCAGCAGUCAUAAUGCUGCCAAGGUAUCAAUCCACAGCCUAAUCUGGCUCUGCCCCUGCUCUGGGCUGUGGGACAUGCCCUUCCAUCACCUGUCCUGUGACAGCACCUUGUCAUCACCUGCUGUACAGGUGCAGGGAUGCCCUUACCCAGCCUAAGUCCAUAAGUUGCCUGUGGCAUUUGGGGCGUUCCACACAAGUGACACGUGCAGGAACAUCAGGCUGGGAGCCCACCUGCAGCCCAGCAGUAGGAAUGCCACGUGCCCAUGGGCUUUGGUGGGCUGGGGAGGGGGUGCUCACAAGCAUGGACACACAAACCCAGCCCAAAGACCAGCAGGUGUGGCUGGCACAGCACUGAGGGGCAAACUGGCCCAUGCUCCAGGCUCACCCAUGGAACAGCUGCCAGCCUUCCAUGGCCUCACACCACCCCAGGAAUGGGGGGCUCAGCCCCGUGAAGUGCCUCUCACCCUGCUGCUGCCCAGCUGCCAACUGCCAAGCACUGCAGGGCCAAGAUGUCAGCAGCCACUGCACUGGGGAAAGGGAACAUGGGGCAAAGAGACUUCACAGUGAAGGGCGUCUUCCUGCCAUGGCCUACAGCACCUGCAGCCACAGAACUGAGCCAGGCUUGAAGGCAUUUCCCUGUUUGUCCAGGUCUUUAGUUUGGCUUCACCUGAAUGGAACAGUGUCUGCUUUGUGUGCAAUCCUCAAGCUUCCUCUUAGCUGUGGCCAACUGUUCCUCCAAGUCCUGUUAAAGCUUAUUCUUUGCCACGUGGCACAGGACUCACCAGGUGGGAACACACUGUGACAACCCUCAACAAUAACAACAUAAACACAGAGUGGGUGCUCUGGUUGUCACCUGGGUGCAAAGGCCAGCAAACCAACGAGCACACAGAUCCACUCUUGCUCGUUCCUGGCAGAGGCUGUACGUGCUGUAGGAUAUAAAGGCACCAAUGCCUCAGUUGCUCAGGCAAACCACCAGCUUCAGGGCAUCAUUUCUGCCUGCAGCAGAAACGGGUCUGUAUGGAGGCACUGCAGGGACACCCUUUCCUAGAACGAGAGCAGGGACUGUCAGGAUGCCAGGUGCAGGCCACCAGUGCUGCAAGGGACUGGGCCCACCUGCCCCCAUGCCUGGGGCAGCCUGCAGCCCAGCCUGAUCAUGGGCAUCCAACUGGAUCUGCCCAGCCCAGGCAUUUCUAUAGGCCAAGGAGUCCUACAGGAGAGAGCCUGCCUCCGUGGUGGCCUUGGAACCUUCUGCAGACCAGGGUGGUACUGCUGCCAAAAAUUGGGCCUGCUCUAUCCUAGACUGGCUGCAGGAGAUGCUGUGAGGGACAUAUCCCAGCCCAGACCAAGGACACCAAAACAGAAACACUUCCCUGCACUCCCUCACAGAUUGUGCUCCACUGCUGACGCACCAAUUGGAAAAGCACAUGUGCCCUGGCCUUUCCUGGCUGCCAGAGCUGGCCUCACCCCACAGGGCCUCUGCCACACAAGCACGAGAGUACCUGCUCUGCUACUGCCAGUGAACUCUUAAAGCAUGGCUCUGCCCCACUGCUUCCUAAAUUUCCCUGCCAGCAAGCAGAUUUCAUGGAAGAUAAGAGGGUUUCCUCUUCCUUUCUUCGUAGAAGCCAGCAGAAGGAUGCGCGCAUAGGGACAUCCCGCACCAGCCACUCGCCCGACGCCGUGAAACCUCGCGCUCCUCGGAAGCUGAGACAUGCUGACACAGGCAGCACCUGGCUGCUUACGGAAAGCCCCCAAGAGGCAGCCGUGGCCCCAGCCUUUCCCCACUUUACCACACGCAGGCCAGCGGGACUCCCGGGAGCCCCCCGCCUUGCCGUGCAGAUCGGCGGGGGCCCUGCCCCAGCGGCAGGAGCCGCGCCUCCCGGCGCUGGCCAGGCCGAGGGCUCCGGGGGCCCGCGGCGGGGCAGGAGCUGUGUGUCCUUGCUGCCCGGGCGGCGGCAGCUGGGCAGCACCGUGGGGCUUGCUGGAGCUGGCUGGCGGCGGGCAGAGCAGGGAGACUGGGGCCACGGCUGGCUCCGGCUGUCGGCAGCAAGGGCGGAGCCCUGCUCUGCCGCGCUGCUGGGAGGAACUGCGCGGCUUCAGCAGCAGCCGCGGCCGCCGAGCCCCCGCGGCCGCCGAGCCCCCGCGGCCGCCGAGGCCCCGCUCUGCCCCGAGCAGCCGCGCUGGCAGCGGGCGCAGCACGCACACACCGGCCGCACGGCGCACCAAAGUGAGCAGCGGUUUUCUCAGGCUGUGCGGGGGCAGUUCGGCACAGGAGUUUGCCAGACGCAGGACGUGCCCCCGGCUCAGCGAGUUACGGUGACCCGGGGCGCGCGGUGCUGGCAGCGGCCGGCUCAGCUGCAGCCCCGCACGGAACAGUGCGCGCAGAGGGCGGGCGAAGCAGGGUCCCAGCGCCCUUUAGACACGGCCGGCGGCGCCAGGCGAGUCGCCCCCGGGCGAGCAGCAGAGCCCUGUCGCGGCGCUGCCCGGUGCCCCCGCCGUGGGAUGGCCGCUCGGCCGGUGCCUCGCCCUGACGCCCCGUCGGGGGGAAACCCGCAUCGUGCGGGAGGGAACGGAACCUCUCCCGGCCGAAGGCGGAUGGCGAAACGAUCGGGGACUCCCCCUGCCACCCAGCCGCAGGGCUCGGCGCGGGGUGCGCCGGGCCGAAACGCAGGCACGGGAGAAGGGCCCGAGCCCCGGUCCCCGUCCCCUCGGCAGCGACCCGGGGCCGCGCGUCACUUCCGGCCCCAGCACGGUCCCCGUCCCGGCGGAAGCGGCGGAGGUUCCGGUUCCGGGUGA